AUGGAGCCCCAAAGUCAACAUGGCAGUGGUGGCUCACUAAUGGUGAUUCAGCAGCCCUCCUUGGAUAGCCGGCAGCGGUUGGAUUAUGACAGAGAGAGCCAGCCAGCAACCAUCUUGUCACUGGACCAGAUCAAGGCCAUCAGGGGCAGCAAUGAAUACACCGAAGGUCCAUCUGUGGUUAAAAAGUCUGGUCCGCGGACAGCACCGAGGCAAGAGAAGCAUGAAAGGACUCACGAAAUUAUACCGAUUAAUGUGAAUAAUAAUUACGAACACAGACCCAGCCAUGUGGGGCAUGUGGUGCAUCAGAAUAACACGAGGGCUCCCAUCUUGAGCAGAUCAACUAGCACAGGGAGCGCAGCCAGCUCUGGGAGCAACAGCAGUGCGUCCUCAGAGCAAGGGCUGCUGGGACGGUCACCUCCAUUCAGGCCGGGGUCAGGCCACAGAUCCGAUCGGACAAUCCGGACGCAGCCCAAGCAGUCAUCUCUAGUUGUAGAUGAUCUGAAGGGUCCUUUGAAAGAGGACUUGACACAGCACAAGUUUAUCUGCGAACAGUGUGGGAAGUGCAAGUGUGGCGAGUGCACGGCCCCAAGGGCCCUUCCUUCUUGCUUGGCCUGCAACCGACAGUGCUUGUGCUCUGCAGAGAGCAUGGUGGAGUACAGCACCUGCAUGUGUUUGGUCAAAGGGAUCUUCUACCACUGUUCUAAUGAUGAUGAAGGGGACUCUUACGCGGAUAAUCCCUGCUCUUGCUCCCAGUCACACUGCUGUUCUAGGUACCUGUGCAUGGGAGUGAUGUCACUGUUUCUGCCUUGCUUGCUCUGCUACCCUCCUGCAAAAGGAUUCCUAAAACUUUGUCGGGGGUGUUACGACCUCAUCAAUCGUCCAGGGUGCCGAUGCAAGAACUCCAACACGGUCUAUUGUAAACUGGAGAGCUGCCCUUCCCGCGGUCAGGGCAAGCCCUCAUGAUUUUUGGAGGGAGGUUUACUUCCUUCAACUUAAGUUUUUCAGGUUGUAGCU